CGGAGACAGACAGGCUGAGUUAAGUUGAAUUAAGUGGCACAAAUGCAGAUACGAUUUUUACCCCUGACAGACAGCACCAUUGUGCAUAACAAAUUUUCUUCUUCUACCUGCGCAUUCAGUUAUCAGCUGAUUUGACAAAAACUUUGAGCUCAAAAUGGAAAGGAGAGAAAAAAUACGAUUAGCAGCUAUUUUGUUUGCAAAAAACAAUUACUUAUUUAAAAAAAAACUUAACACUCUUCUCUUAAAAUUAUUCAACAAUAUGAAAAUAAUUAAUUCAUUGGCAAGCAUAGACCUUUCCACGAUGUUUGAAGCUGGGAUUGUUACACUUCCUGAUAUAAGAGAAAGGCAGCUGUGGAAAUUGGUAAGCAUAUCUUUUAUUUCCAUUAAUACAAUAAAUAUGCGAUAUUCUUUAAAGGAUCGCAGCGGCACAUUUUGGGAGCGUAAUGUUCCUUUAAUGGACGAAAAUCGUUUCAAAGAAAAUUUUCGACUCAAUAGAAAUGCUUUUGGGAGAAUUUGUGAAAAAGUUGGAGGCAUCGAAAAGGCGAACACUCAUAUGAGGCCAUGUAUUCCACUUCAUAAAAGAGUGGCUAUCUCACUAUUCGCAUUGGGAUCUGCAGCGGAGUACAGUACUGUUGCAAGUCUUUUCGGAGUAGGACGCAGUACUGUUGGCGAAAUUGUUUUGGAUUUUUGCCAAGCAGUAUGCGAAAAUCUAUCUGAUUGCAUUAAUUCAUAUCCUCCAAACCAACACCAAAUCAGAAAAGUUGUUGAUGGCUUCGCGCAAACUGGGUUUCCUCAAUGCUUUGGAGCUGUGGAUGGCUGCCACAUAGAAGUUCAACCACCAAAAGAUGAUGCAACAGACUAUUACAACUACAAGGGUUGGUAUUCAGUGAUCUUGCUAGCGAGCUGUGACCACCGAUCAAAAUUUACUUACAUAAAUAUUGGAUCUACUGGUAGAAACAACGACUCUUACAUUUUCGAAAAGAGUACAUUGAAAAGAUUCCAUGAAACUGCCGAUAUUUUUACGCAGAAUAGCAAAUUCAUAGGCGGCAUCAAUGUACCCGUUCUACUAAUAGGCGAUUCUGCUUUUCGCCUCUCCCGGUAUAUGAUGAAACCGUUUCCAUAUUCGCCGAAUCAGCCGUCUAUAGAAAAAACCUUUAACUACCAACUAUCUAGGUGUCGUCGUCUAAUCGAAAAUGCAUUCGGUCAACUUAAAGCACGGUUCAGAAAAAUAGGUAGAGGUUUACAAGUCGCCCCAAAAAACAUAAAUACCAUAAUUAGAACGUGCUGCAUUUUGCACAACUUCUUGAAAUUAGAAAACGACGAAGUUUCUAUUGGUUGGAUGCAAGAUUCAAGAGAAGAUAUUAAUGCUAGAAAUCAGCCAAGGCACACUACAAGAGUCGUCGAGAGUGAUGUGAAUGCGUCCGCUAUUAGAAAUGCAAUAGCUCGCAGUUUCCGUAAGCAAAAAUAUUACAAGUUACCUAUAAACAUUAAUCUAUAUCCGGAAACAAAGAAGCAGGAGGAGGAAAGCAGUGGUACUGGCGAGGGCGUCGAUGCUGCUUCCAUGGAUGGCGAUGGUGAAGGUGUUGACGGUGCUAACGGAUGCGAUGGAGAUGGUGCUACUACCGACUGGCUGGAUUCAUUAAGUAUUGUGUCCUAG